AUGAGUCUUCCAAAGCAAGUCGAUGUCCUUGUUGUAGGCAGUGGCAAUGCCGGGUUUGCAGCAGCCCUCUCAGCAGCUCAGAACGGCGCAGGAAGUGUCCUCCUUAUCGACAAGUGCCCCGAAAACUGGGUCGGUGGAAACUCCUAUUUCACUGCUGGCGCCUAUCGAAUUGCCCAUGGCGGACUGAAAGAUGUCCUGCCAAUUGUCAACAACGUCUCCCGGGAACAAGCGGAGAAAAUUGAUCUCGCUCCUUACACCGAGAAAGACUUUCAAAAUGAUAUGGACAGAGUCUGCAUGGGUCGCUCAGACCCUGAACUCUCAAAGAGCCUCAUCCAAAACUCCAAUGCUACCAUCAAGUGGCUUGCUGCGAAUGGAAUACGAUUCCAACUGUCCUUCAACAGGCAAGCAUAUGAGGUUGAUGGGAGGAUCAAGUUCUGGGGAGGCAUGUGCAUCAAGACCGAGGAUGGAGGCAAGGGUCUCAUUCAGGACUAUCUUGCUGCCAUCAAGAGGCACAAUGUUCAAGUUUCGUGGUCAACUGGCCUUACGGGACUGAAGAAGCACUCCUCUGAUGACGGCUAUGACGUCCAAGUGUCACUCAAUGGCGUCAAACGUACAUUGAACGCUGGUGCUGUCAUCUUAGCUGCUGGCGGUUUCGAGUCGAAUCCUCAGAUGCGAAGUCAGUUUCUCGGACCUGGCUGGGACUUGGCGAUGGUUCGAGGUACACCUUACAAUACUGGUGAUGUUUUGGGACUGGCUAUCCAACAACUUGGCGCACAAGCUGUGGGCAACUGGUCUGGCUGCCACUCUGUUGCUUGGGAUGCCAAUGCUAACCCCAACACGGGUGAUCGAGAAGCUUCCAACGAGUACACCAAGUCAGGAUACCCUCUCGGCCUCAUGCUCAACGUUGAUGGCGAGAGAUUUGUUGACGAAGGUGUUGAUCUUCGAAACUACACCUAUGCCAAGUUUGGUCGUGCCAUUCUCCAACAGCCCGAGCACCUCGCCUUCCAGGUCUGGGACUCCAGAACUAGCGGCUGGCUACGGGGAGAAGAGUACCGCGAGGAACGCGUUGAGCGCAUUACUGCCAAUACUCUGGAGGAACUGGCCGACAAGUGCGCAGAACGCGGUCUUCGAAACAAGGCUGCCUUUAUUGACACUGUUCGUGAGUACAACGACGCGGUCUAUGCUCACCGUCGCGAGAACCCCAACGUCAAGUGGGAUCCCGCCAUCAGAGAUGGACUAUCAACGCAGUCUUCCGCGAAGAAGCUUGCGUUAGCUAAGUCCAACUGGGCUCUACCUUUGGACAAGGGACCUUAUGUAGCUGUCAAGGUCACAUGCGGCGUCACCUUCACCUUUGGUGGUGUCAAGGCAGAUCCUCAAACUGCUCAGUUGAUCCAUGGAUCAACUGGUAGUCCAGUGCCAAACGUCUAUGUUGCGGGAGAGAUGGUGGGAGGCCUGUUUUACUCGAAUUACCCUGGUGGAAGUGGCCUGACUUCAGGUGCUGUUUUUGGAGCCAAGGCUGGAAAAGAGGCUGCAAAAUCUGUCGCGGGCGGCCGAUCAAUCUCAAGUCGGUUAUAG